AUGGCAACGGAUUUCGAGCUGCGGAUAAAAGCGGACAAGCGGCUCGAAGUGGCGGUGCCUAGAAACUUCUCCACCGUCUGCUUCCGCAUUUCGCCGAUCCAAAUCAGAGGCGAAAACCACGUCCCCGACGACAAAACAUGGAUUAACAAUCUCAACGCAAAACUGCUUGAAUCGGUAAACGAAUCCGGCAAGAUUUUCAUGACGCACGCUGUGAAUGGCGGCAUGUAUGUGAUUAGAAUCGCCAUCGGAGCGAGCUUUACUGAAAAUCGGCACAUUAACCUGGCGUGGGAGGUGGUGAAGGAGCAUGUUGAUGAAGCAAUGUUGCUCGCUGCCGAAAAUGAUAUGCUACACAAUUUAUGCGAGCAUCACCACUGA